UAUAACAAACCUUAAUCAGUGAAAAGCUAGACCACUACACAACAUCAUCUCCACCAUGAAGCUGACAGUUGUCUUUCUGCUGGUCACCCUGAUGGUGUGCUGCUAUUCAGAUACUGCUGUAGAGGUUUGUCCUCCUAUCGAGGUCGUCCUCAACAAGUUCUUUUUUAGCUCAAUGACUGACUACAUGAAAAUGAUGGCUCCUUUUGCAACUAGUCCUGAAAUGACUGAAGCAGCUUCACGGUUGAAGCAAUGUACCCUUGAAGCUACACAGGAAGAGCUGCUGGCAAAAGAACAACUGCUGAAAAAUAUCCUGGCAAUGUGUGGAUUGCUGCCAAAACUGCCAGAACAUCUUCUGCCCCGCAUUUCUGAAGACGGUGAUGUGCAUUGAAGUAGUGACUGGAUGUGAUUCCUUCUUACUCACCUUCCUUUCUCUCCUUUAAAAAAAUAACAAUAAUUUUGUGUUGUCAAAGGCUUUUAUGGCCGAAAUCACUGGGUCGCUGUGAGUUUUCCAGGCUGUAUGGCCAUUGCCCAGAAGCUUCUGGAACAUGGCCAAACAGCCCAGAAAACUCACAGCAAUCCAAUAAUAAUCUUGUUCAUCAGAAUCUGAAUCCAAAUGCUUUCUCCAUUUCACGUACUGCUUACUUAAUAAACAAAAAGCAUAUCAA